GCAAAAUUAUCAAAUUGUCUUCUUCUCUCAAAAGAGUCAGUUAAAAAAAAGUAAAGAAAAUGAAAUUCGUUAUUGUCGCACUUUUGUUUGCAGCUAUUGCUGUCAACGGAAAAGCUUUAAGUGGCAGUGAUAGUGAGACUGCUGAUAAAACGGGUUCUCUGUUUGAGUCUGCUCCUGAGCAAUUGAAAAAUCUUCUUGGAUCUUCUGGUGGUUUGGGUGAUGCUUUGAAAUUGGCUCAAGGCUCGAGUUCUACUGAUGGUACUGGAAGUGGUUCGGGGCCUGCUAGUGGUUUGUCUGGCUUGCCUGGCCUGGGUAAAGGUGCAAAUUCUACUGGUGGUAAUCCUAUUAGUGCUUUGACUGGCUCUGGAAGUGGUUUGUCUGGCUUGACUCAAGGUCCGAGUCCUACUGAUGCUGUAACUGAUACUGUUGGUGGUUCUAACUAAUUCUGUUAGUUUGAAACAUGCUUCGACUGGUUUAUAAAAAAAUAUGUUUGACUUCUUGAUCCAGUGACUGGAUCUUUAAAAGAUAUAAAUAGUAAAUAAAUUUUCAAAUAAUCCAUAAAAUAAAUAAAAACCUACUAAAUAGCUUUGUUCACACAAUGCGCACUGGAAUAGAAAAUUUUGGAUAAAGAUUUUUGUUUUACAAGUAAAGCUGAAUAAAUGAUAAAUUGUUGCAAAAAAUC